AUGGUUAGCAAAUAUCUCAUCGGUGCUGGUGCACUGCUCUCACCUCUUGUGUCUGCCACGUCCUCGGCAAAGCGCGGUCUCAUCUUCAUCCCCAACUCAACCACUCUUCAAGACAACUCCAUCUGGGUCCAGACAGGCUCAGACCUCACCUGGUACUACAACUAUGGCAACCUGCCCAGCUCGGACUAUACACACAUCCCGCAGUCCAAAUUCGAGUUUGUGCCCAUGAUGUGGGGAGUCGGGCCAAACCCUUCUCAAGACACUGCUUUCCACGACAGCGUCGUCAAUCUGAUCAACACCGGCACGCCCAUCUCUCAUGUGCUGUCUUUCAACGAACCCGAUGCCCCUUCUGCUUGGGGCGGUAGCGAUGUCACGCCCGCCAACGCCGCUCUGGCUUGGAUCGCCAACUUUGUUCCUCUGCAGAAGCUCGGAGUCAAGUUGGGAAUCCCUGCUGUGACCGGUGCCCCCACUGGAUUCGACUGGACGGAGCAGUUCCUGGCAAACUGCACCAGCAUCCUCCAGACGCAGUGCCCAUACGACUUUAUCCCUCUGCAUUGGUACGACAACUUGGGGGGACUGCAGAGCCACAUUAACCAAUAUGCCACUGCAUUCCCCGGCAAGAAAAUCUGGGUCACCGAAUACGCCGACCCCAACCAAGACCUCGCCACCACGCAGCAAUUCUUCAACCAGAGCGCAAGCUACAUGGACGGCCUCGCCUCCCUCGAGCGCUACAGCUACUUUGGCGCCUUCCGAUCCAACGUGAGCAACGUCGGGCCAAACGCCACCUUUUUGAACAACGCCGGCCGCCUGACCGACAUUGGAUCGUUGUAUCUCGGAUUUGGCCUGACCGGCGUCGUGCCCACGUCUAAUAACUAG